ACAAAAUGAUCAUGAUAAUUUAUUAAUCGUUGCAUAUUUUAUAAAUAAAGGUCAAUUCGACAACAUCAAAAAAGAAGUCAACCAAAUUCGUCACGGUGCAAAAUCUAACAACAUCCAACUUGAUAAAUUGGGUAAUAAUUUAAUUUCUUUGAUGGCUGGUAUGAAACCCUUUACAGUAAAAAUAUUGCAAGUUACUGAUGAUGAAUAUGAUGAGUUGCUUAAGUCAUCAGAAAAAGAACUAUCUGAGUCCGAAUUUUAUCAUAUAUGA